GCUUGUAAUACAUAAUUCUGAUUAAAGGGGAAGCAGGAUGUAGUCUUUGCACAAACAUAAAGCCUUCAGCAUGCGCAAUUACACACACAGAAGCAGAUAAGUUACAAUGUAUUUUGCAGUUAAGAGUAGUUAAAGCCUGCCAGAGUUUGCUGACUGAUGGUGUAGCAGUGCUAGCAUGCUUGUUACUGCUGAUGGCACCGAUAGAGCUUGGUCAAAACAAUAGACUUGGCAAUAAUCCCACAAUGGAUUUAUUUAACCCUGCUCUGGUAGAAAAUAUUACCUUUAUCCGACCUGCUUAUUUCAUUAUCAGCGGAUUUAUUGGUUUACCUGACAUGAAGUUUUACUACGUCUUUCUCUUCUUUGUCUUUAUUAUUUCAGUGCUGGGAAACACAUCUGUAAUGGCUUUAAUAUAUCUGGAUCAUAAUAUUAGAACUCCAAAGUAUGUUGCAGUUUUUAACCUUGCAUUUGUGGACCUUUUAGGUAGCUGUGCUCUGGUGCCAAAGGUGCUUGACAUAUUUUUAUUUAAUCACCAUUAUGUCCCCUACAACGACUGCUUGACAUUCCUGUUUUUCUGCUACACCUGCCUGUCUAUGCAGGCUCUAAAUCUAGUUGCUCUCUGCUAUGAUCGACUAAUGGCCAUCAUGUUUCCACUGCACUACCUUGUGAAGGUUACUCAUAAGAUUAUGUUUUCCUUAAUUGCAUCUUUCUGGUGUAUUGCUGUACUAGCUGUGCUUACUGCUGAUGGUCUUCUUACAAGACUUUCCUUCUGUACGUCUGUGGUUGUUAACAGCUAUUUCUGUGACCAUGGUCAAAUGUACAAGUUGGCAUGCAACGACAAUUUUCCAAAUUUUGUGAUUGCAUAUUUGCUUCCGUUUCUAUUUCUUUGGCUUCCUCUUGUAAUAAUAUUGUCCAGUUAUAUAUGUAUUGGCUAUGCUUUAGCUCAGGUGGCUGCAGCUCAGGAACGAGUAAAGGCACUCAAAACCUGCACAGCUCAUCUCUCAUUAGUGGCAAUCUAUUUCUUUCCUGUAUUAAUUACAUUUACUAUGGGUUCCGGCAUACAUCCAAAUGCCAGGAUCAUUAACCUGUCUUUGACCUCUGUUAUUCCACCAAUGUUGAACCCAAUCAUUUACGUUUUGCAUACACAAGAAAUCAGACUAUCAAUUAAAAGAAUGCUAAAAAGCAGUAAUAAAUCUAAAAUUAUGGUGAAGUAA